AACACCACUUCCCUACCUGUUAUGAUCACCCCACUUUCUGCCAUUUACAAUACCACUACUACCCACAACACCACUUCCCCACCUGCUACCACCUACAAUGUCAUUACCCCCUACAACACCACUUCCCCACCUGCUACCAUCCACAAUACCACUACUACCCACAACACCACUUCCCCGCCUGCUACCACCCAUAUCACCAUCCUACCUGCUACUAUCCACACUACCAUGUCCCCAACUGCUAUUAUCACCCCAACUAGCAUCACCCACAAUACCACAGCCCUACCUGCUACCUCCCUACCUGGCCCCACCCACAACACCACCUUCAUCACCUCCCCCAAGAAGCCUGUCACUCCACACCAGCCCACCCCAAACUCCACCACCCCAUCUCCCAUCACCUCCACAUCCACCCAAAAGACUGUCCUCACCCCAGCUGGCAGCACCACAACAUUCACUAGCAAGUCAACCCCUACCUCAACAGCUACCACUCCCACAAGCCCUGGCAAGACGGCUGUUCCUCCUGCACCGGCCACCACCGUGUCUUCCACAACCAUGAUCACCCCCAAGACAGCCACUAAAAAACCAGCUACCAAUACGACAUGGCCACCAAAGCCACUACCACCAGGAUACAUCAUUCUUGAACCGGUCACCGCAUCAGGAUCCAAACCAGCUUUCCAUUUGCUGCAUGCCUUCCCCGUUACCAUCGGAAUCUCCUUGUUGAGCAGGUUUCUCUAAUGCCACCGCCACAGGCUCUGCCUCCACCAUGUUCCCUCUGCCUUUAAUUCCUCCCUGACCCAAACUAGCUGAGAGGGCAGCUGCAGACAUUUCAUAUCCCCCCCCAAGGGAAGCAGUGAUGCCAUGAAAAGCAAAGACGCACAGUAUAUCAAGCACCGUCACUCUGAUUCCCUGGGGCAAUGCAAUCAUCCCUGAGAAAAGGGAAAGCACAUUAGCGCUACGCCAAACAGCACACUGUGGGUGUUGUCGCUCAGCUGUUCGGAGAGGAGAGCAGUACAAGAAUCUCACACCAGGACCAGGAGCAGCAGCAUGCUGAAAAGCCCCAAAGGACCCUUCAUAUCGACUCACUUUGCCCCAUCCGGGUAUGCAAAGCCUUCUCCAGCUGAACUCCCAAGGCCAAGCCCUCCUCAGGAGCAGCACCCAAUGCCUACUCUGCAUCUCCUUGGUCAGCAAGGGUGAAGCCAGCCCACAGGGUUACCUGGAGGAA